CCUGGCCAGUCGUUGUCUACCUGUACCGACUUGCUGACCCAAGGUUCCUUCCCACACGAGUUCACGAUAUUCUGAGAGAGAAGUUCUGUAUCAUUUCCGAUAUGUCUCUCCUAAAAUGGGAAGAUUACGUUGUGAUGGUGGUGACAGUGAUCGCAUCUCUGGGUAUCGGUCUGUUCCAGUCCCUCCGUACAGGGAGGAUGAAAACCACUACUGAGUUCAUCAUGGGAGAUUCUAAAAUAUCUUUUUUACCUGUUGCAAUAUCGUUGAUGGUUUCGUAUGAGUCGGGCAUCAUGAUGCUAGGAGUUCCGGCGGAAGUGUACAUAUACGGUAUGCAAUGGGCAGUGGCAUAUAUUGGGUUCUUCAUAGCUGACAUGACCAGUCGCCAAGUAUUCGUGCCUGCCCUCAGGAAGUUAAAUAUUACCAGUGUGUAUGAGUAUUUGGAGCUCCGAUUCAAGUCCCAUGGCAUCAGACUAUUUGCCACAGUGUUAAGCAUAUUUUAUGGGAUAAAUUACUUUGGAACGGUCCUUUUCAUGCCCGCAGUAACCCUUGAAGCUGUGGCAGGUAUCCCGACAUGGACGUCUAUUGUUGGUCUCGAGAUUGCCGUAUUGGUGUACACUUUGAUAGGCGGAUUCAAGGCUGUCAUCUGGUCAGAUGUUAUACAGGCCAUCAUCAUGUUGACUGGGAUAUUGGCCGUACUUAUUAAGGGUACAAUUGCGGCAGGUGGCGUGGGGGAAACAUGGAACGCUGUGUACGAAUCUGGAAGAGUCAAUUUAUUUGAAUUCGAUCCCGACCCGACCCUGAGACAGUCGUUCUGGAGUCUAGUAUUUGGAAGCUCGUUGAGGGGCUUGGCCACAGUUUUUAUGCAAACAUCCUUUCUGAGAAUCAAGGCCACGCCGACUUUGAAAUCAACAACCAAUAUGUACCUUGUUACUGCCUUCUCCUUCCUGUUUAUCUCCUGGUUGGGAGUGUUAGAAGGAGCUGUUAUGUUUGGUUACUUCCACAAAAAGGGCUGUGAUCCACUGGAGUCGAAGCGAUUGGAUAAUCAAAACCAGUUGAUCCCAGCUAUGGUUGUAGACAUAUUCCAUGACACACCUUGUAUGCCAGGACUAUUCUUAGCAUCUCUAUUUAGUGCUUCUCUUAGUACCAUGUCGUCUUUGUUGAGUAGCAUGUCAGCAGUAUUUUGGGAAGAUAUUAUAAAACCUCACACCAAACCUAUGUCCGAAAGGCGAGGGAUCAUCAUUACUCAACUGUCAAUGUUUGUAUUUGGCGUCAUUGGCUGCCUGGUGGCUUUUGUUGUCUCUGGCCUAGAUGGACCGGUGACACAAAUUUUCAACAUUACCUCCGCAAGUCUGACGGGAGCUUUGACAGGCGUAUUUGUUCUUGGGUUUAUUAUACCAUGGGCAAAUUCACUGGGAGCUAUCGUAGGAGGACUGAGCAGUGUUUUAUUCGUUGGAUGGAUCUCAGUAGGAAAAUUCGUGUCUCCGGGUGUACGAGUUCAUCCUAAAUUAGAGCCCGCCCCGACGUUCAACUGCAUAUCCCCGAAUGCCUCCUUCGCUCUGAAUAGCACGAUCCAUGACAGUUUUACCAGUUCAAUGUACCAAAUGAAUGUCACCACGCCGUCUGCGGAAAUUCUGACGACACCAAGUGGCCUAGAUGCACUGUAUUCCCUUUCCUACAUGUGGUUGGGCGCUAUGGGUGUCCUCAUUGUCGUCAUAAUCGGUGCAGUCGUCAGUCGUUUCAAAGUCCAGCCUACCGUUGAUCCCGACCUUUUGGUUCCUGUUUGUGAUGUACUAUGUUGCUGCCUUCCGGAGUGGGCUCGGAAACGUUGCCGAUACACCCCGGACUUUCCUAAGGAAGAUUACGAUAUGCACGAAGAGGAAAAACCAUUUAAUGAUAUGAUUUCAAAUGAACAGUCUGUGUAAUCAAAACAUUGAUCUUCAGCAAUAUCUGCCUUUUUGUUCUAUCUGAUUAUAUAUACUUAUUGGAAUCUGUUUGGUCUUUACAAUGACCAACUUCAUGUUGACAGUCACAAUACCAUGUAAAAUUAAAUGGUUAAUCAUUGUGUUUGUCUUCUGGGACAUUGUCAUAAUCAAAUCAAUUUAUAAUCAAUAUGGCGUGUAGUAUAAGGCCAAUUUUACUGUAAAAAGUUUCUAUAAUCAUAAAUGAUUAUACAUAUUACAAGGCCCUGGCCCCGAAGACUGCUUUAUUCCUUCUUAACAUGGCAAUGCAUUUAAGGUAGGAAAAUCAUUAAAAAAAAUAUUCACCCGUUAUACUUCUUUUUUUCUUUAAAAUUUAAUAUAUUAAACACUACACUGCCAUUUGUCAUCCAUAUACUUUCUAUUCUUGAUAUUUGUUUUUUAUUCGCUGGUGAUAUUUCAGCAUACAGGUCUGUCUUCAGUAACAAGAUAAUGUAUAUAUGAUAUAAAUCAUACUGGAUAUAGGUCUGUCUUCAAUAACAAGAUAAUGUAUACAUAAUAUAAAUCAUACUGGAUACAUGUCUGUCUUCAGUAACAAGAUAAUGUAUACAUUAUAUAAACCAUACUGGAUAUAGGUCUGUCUUCAGUAACAAGAUAAUGUAUACAUUAUAUAAAUAAUAUUGGAUACAGGUCUGUCUUCAGUAACAAGAUAAUGUAUACAUGAUAUAAAUCAUACUGGAUAUAGGUUUG